CUUUUCACUCCCUAAAGUCUUGCAUUACAGGUACCCAGACUUUUUUUUUUCCUUUUUUUUUUCGUAUUCACAUUCAUCGUUAUUUGCCGUUUGUUUGGCCAUGGAAAACGUCGCUUUUCACAAGAGGCUGCCAGUUCCUCUUCUUUCCGUCAGAUCUCCAGUGGUUUUUGGCUUUUUGGCCACUCCCAUCUUGCAACCGAUAUCGUCAGCCACCCUCCAAUUUCUCCUUUCCAUUUAUUUCUCUUCCCAAUUCUCGCUCCAAUCUCUCUCUCCUUCGCACUCGGCCCUUCCCCGCUUGCAUUUGCAGAGGUCAUCGCAUUCAGCAACCUUCUUUUCCGCACUUGACUUGAAACCCUGCGGUUAUCGGUCAUAUCGACCUUUCUGAGAGACUGGACCGGCUGCAGUACUGCCAGCAACGGAGCGGAUUUGAGUCGUCGAUCCGCAAGAAGCCCUGAUAACAUGU